AUGAUCCCACAAAAGUUAUCAUUUAUAAGACAUUCUGAUUUGUUGCAAUAUGCAAAAACAAAUUCAUUUAAUCAACUCUUACGUUUUGUUCAUGCAAAACAACAGUCAAACCAGCUUGAGAUUGAAAACCAAAAUGAACAGCAAUUCAUGAAAGGAAAAAUCGAUAAAGUUAUACAAACGUCUAUGCCAUGGUACGAAGGAAGAAACGUAUGUUUGUUUGGUCGUAAAAGCGCUUCUCGAACUGGUGAAUUAUUUUAUCGAACAAGACCAACCAUGGAACAUGAUCCAAGCUUGGAAUCAGGAAUUUUCUACCAGAUGUUCCGCGACUACUGUACCCCUUCAUUGUGGUACCAUAAAUUUGCGACAGCUUUAAAUUUGGUACGAGAUGCGAUGAAGCAUUUAAAUGCUCAAAUAAAAGGUGUUGGUGCUGAUUUUAUGGACAUGCAAAUGCGAGAGGCUAUGAAAUUGCAACGAAAGAAUUGA